UCACAUUUUUUCUUCUCUUUUCUCUGUUACACUACACAACACAUCAUGGCGUUCUCCACUAGAAGUUCCCUCUUCUUCAUCUUCACAACACUGGUUCUUCUCUCCACUCAAACCAAUGCAAGAGACAGCUACUUCUUUGGCAAAUUCCACCGAGAAUCCCCCAAAGCCCAAAACCCUAACAAUGUCCUCCCUCUCGAGACCAGCGAGAAAACCUCAGUAGAAGAAUCCAUGCCCAACAAGAAUGAGCAAGAACAAGAUCCUACCUUUGUCCCCGAGUCCGAAAACGGAUAUGGCUUAUAUGGUCACGAGACCACCUACAAUAACAACAAAGAAGAGUUCAACAACAACAACAAGUACGAUGAAAAAUUCAACGGUGAGACUUUCUCAACUCCAAGCUUGAGCGAGACCGAAGAGUCUUACGACAGCUACGACGAGAAGUACCCGAAGAAGACAGAGAGCUACGACAGUAACGGUUACAACAACGAAGAGGUCAACAACAAGUACAAUGAAAAUGUCAAAGAAGAGUCUUUCCCCGAGAACAAUGAAGACAAGAGAAGCUUCUACAACUCCAAUGCUUACGGGACAGAGUUAGAACGUGAAACACCGUACAAAGGUUACAGCCACAAUUUGGAGAGACAAGGCAUGAGUGACACAAGAUACAUGGCGAAAGGUAACUACUAUUACGACCUUUACAACGACAGAAACCACGGCCAUUUCUACCGGAAACCUCACCGUAAAAGCCCCGCCGGUUAUUAUUCUUCUCCGGCGACUGAGAAUAACUACGACCAGACGUAUUCGUACAACAACGAGGAGGAGAAGAGCUUCAAGGAUCCGUACAACUCCAAGUGGGAGAAUAACAUGAUGAACAAACAGCCUGAGGAGUUUGUUGAGGAGCAAGGAGAUCAGUUCAAGCCUUGAUGAUGAUUUGUUAUUUGAAUUUCUCUCAAGAUCAUUACACUCUCUUAAAAGUAUUUUCUUUUUAUUUCCACUAAGUUAUAUUACUUCUGGUUGAUUAGUCAAAGUAAAAUCGUUGUUAUCAUUACAACAGAUUUAUAUAUAAGUGAAAAACAAAAACAAAAAAGGGAAAUGGGUUUUUGUGUUUUUUUUAGUUGAAAUGGGUAUUGCUUUUUUAUGGGUUUUU